GCCGAAUAACAUAGAAUUCGAGGGUCUUGUACGCACUUGACCGAAACUGUUAGCAAGAUUUUUGAUUUUUUUCGCAAUACUUGAUCCAAAGUAGUUCAAACUGAGUGAAAGUAGUUCCUACGGGAAAAUCUUCAAUUCUAGGGUUAGGGUUUCAGAUCUGAGCAAAAUCAUUGGGGGAAGGAUAUGGCGAUGAGAAACUUUUACAACGAGAUCAAGGGCAUGAGAGUGAAGGAGGUGGGGACUUACCUCAAGCCGAUGUUCUCCGUGGGUUACGCGAAGAGUGCUGUGAAGAGGGGAUUGGAUAAUUACCAUGCCAAGUACAUCCAAACCAGCUCCGUUGAUCCCGUCUACCACGUCUGCUUCGGAGGCAUGGCUUUCUCCUACCUCGUCGCCCUUCCCGAAGAGCGACGCCACCUUGAACACAAGCAACACGCCAAACAUUGAUCCUCCCGAGGUCUCUUGGGAGUCGGAGAUGGUUCAGCGAAGGACUUAGCAUUGGUGUUUGUCGGUUGCUUUCUGUUUCCUUUUCCUAAUGUGUGCAAAAUGUGGUUCAUUUUGACUGAUGAAAAUAAAAUUUGUCGUACUGCAAGUUCCUAACGUGUAUGCGUUUAUACUUAGUAUUGUCAUGCCUGGAAUAGGCAAAACUGGUUUUGGGUUGUUUUGCGCCCGUUUUAAGGACUGGGUGUAAAGAUUUUUGCUGCGUCCCAAUAUCUACAGCAUGUUAUCUGAUAA